AGAAGGACAAGGAUCGAUGCGAACAAUAGCAGUGUGACGUGAUCGGGAACGGCCGAGAACCACCACCAGGAUUACCCCGCAGCUUGCCUGGUUGCUGACUGUCCCUUGCACAGUACGGAGAGCAACUGUACUGUACUUCUGCAACACAACUCGCAACCAGCCAUACGCUUCAACUAUCCCAUUUGUCUUCCUCAAUUAGAAAGGAUUGUCUCAUUGCACCAUGUCACACUUGCGAGUCACGGAGUUAUUCUCCGUCGAGGGCCUAGUAGUCGUGAUCACCGGUGGUGGGAGUGGGCUGGGUCGGAUCAUGGCUCACACGCUGGCCGAGAACGGUGCGUCCAAGGUGUUUAUCAUGGGUCGCCGCGAAGAGGCCCUGAAAGAGACGGCGGCCCUGAGCUCCAAGGGCGCGAUAAUCCCCAUCCCGGCCGACAUCUCAUCCAAGGACUCAUUACAAGCGGCCUACGAUGCAGUCUCGGCGCAGACAGAACAUGUUGAUCUGCUGAUCGCAAACAGCGGGGUGAUGGGUCCGGUGAACCGUCCCCCUGGUCCCAAGCCUGACGGAUCACUUCCCAGCCUAUCCGAGGUGCGCGACCAACUCUGGUCCGCCUCGAUGGAAGAGUUCUCGAAGGUGUUCCACGUCAAUGUCACGGGCGCCUACUUCACGGUCCUAGCGUUCCUGCCCUUGCUCGAAGCAGCCAACAAAAGGAGACCGGCGCCGGAGAAGAACAAGCCGUCGGCACCGACCGCCCAGGUCAUCAUCACCAGUUCGAUCGCAGGCUUCAACCGUCGGGUACCGUUUAGCUUCGCGUACAACCUUUCCAAGGCCUCGACCACCCAGCUGAUCAAGGUCCUUGCCACCACGCUGUCGUCGUACGACAUCCGGGUCAACGGGAUCGCGCCGGGCCUGUACCUCUCGGAGAUGUCGACCAUGAACUUCCAAGACGGCGACAAGGGUGUCUCCGACGGCUCUUUCCCCCGCGACAUGAUCCCACUAACACGUGCGGGUAGCGAGCAAGACAUGGCCAGUCUGAUCCUGUGGAUGGCUGGGCCCUCAGGUGCGUAUCUGAACGGCAAUAUCACCGUAACCGAUGGAGGCAGAGUGAGCGCUGUCCCCUGCACAUAUUAACCGCAGAGAUGGCACAAAUAACAAGACUUCUUUUCGCGCAUAUACUGUG